AACCAUCUGUUUUAUUGUUUUAAAGUUUUCAAUUUAUUUUUCCAUAUUCUUUCAUUUUUAUUCGCUGUAUUAAACAUGUGGACAUUUUUAUCAUUCUUCUUAGUUGCACUAUCAUCAAUGAAUACAUAUUCUUCAUAUUUAAAUCAUGUAAAUUUACCACCAGAACAUGUGAUUUACUAUUUCAACACAUUUGAAACUGUCGCUGAAGCUUGUUUAGCUGACCCCGAGUGUCCUUUUAAAAACCUGGUCGGAAGAAAAGCUUGUUGGGGAUAUGAACGUAACUGUAAUCAGUCUUUAUCAUAUCACGUUAGACCGCGAUGUCCCGGAGACCAUCGUGGUUGGGUUCAGACGAAAGAAGCUCAGUAUUCCACAUUUUUUACCCAAGCAGACUUUGGUUAUGUUAAAGAACAAAUAGAAGAGUUAAUGGUAAUGUGCGAAGCUUCAUAUCCUCUUGACUCAUCCCUUGAAUGCUCCAAAUACUUAAGGUUUUGCAGAGGGCGGAACCUCAUGCUGAAUUUUACAGGCCUAGUGGGUCGCGGUAAUAAUCUUCGUUAUAAGAUGGACAUAUUAGGACCUGGACAAAUAGGAGGCUAUUGCAAUUUGUAUUCGGAGCGUCUCUUGAAAGAGGCUGAACACAUGAGUGCCCUGCAAUCAUGGGCCCCGGAGCUAGUGAAUUUUGUAAAAACAGAUAAAAGGCCUAUUCCAAGUGGUAUUUGUGAUGUUACUAUUGAUAAACCAACUUUCAUUAUGAAGUUAGAUGCAGCUGUAAACAUGUAUCAUCACUUUUGUGAUUUCUUCAACUUGUAUGCUAGUUUGCAUGUGAACUCUACUCAUCCAUCUACAUUUUCAAGAGAUAACCACAUUCUUGUAUGGGAAACUUUUACAUAUGACUCUGCUUUUAAGGAAGCCUUCAAAGCUUUUACCAUUAAUCCCAUAUUGGAUUUAAAAACUUUUAGAGGAAAAGUUGUAUGUUUUAAGAAUGUUGUACUACCAUUGCUGCCAAGAAUGAUUUUUGGUCUUUACUACAACACUCCAUUGAUUUACGGCUGUGAGAGAAGUGGACUAUUUCAUGCAUUUUCGAAGCACAUACUACACUCAUUGAAUGUAAAGCUUCAAAUACGCGAUAGUGACAAGAUAAGGGUUACUUUACUUUCUAGAGGAACAACAUACAGAUCGAUAUUGAAUGAAAAACAGCUCCUGGAUGCUUUGCAUAAGGUGGACGACUAUUAUGUGCAAAGAGUAGUCUAUGACAGGACUAUGCCCUUCACUAAGCAGCUAGAGAUAACUCAUAACACAGACGUGUUCAUUGGCAUUCAUGGCGCUGGUCUCACGCAUCUAAUGUUCUUACCGGAUUGGGCAGCUGUUUUUGAACUGUACAAUUGUGAAGAUGCGAAUUGUUAUUUCGAUCUAGCGCGAUUGCGUGGUCUUAAAUAUGUCACUUGGGAAAACAAAGAGAAACUUGUUCAACAAGAUGAGGGACACGGGCCCAACGGCUCACAUGCAAAGUUUACGAAUUAUUCUUUUGAUGUCGAAGAGUUUUUAAGACUAGUUGCAAAAUGUGCGGAACAUGUGAGGAAACGACCGGAUUUCAAGAGUUUUAUUGAAGCAUCACUUAUGAAGAGAAUGCAUGAAGAAUUAUAGAUUUAAAGGUAAGAGAUUAAACAAUUAAAAAAUGUCAUUGCAGAAAUCUGCUAAAAAGGUCUGGGUUGCACCAUCUUACUUUAACGUCAAAAAUCUGUCAAACCCCAAGUAACAUUUUACUCCAUUUAAGAGUUCACAUUUAGUUCCAAUGUGUACUUAAAGCAUUAGUACAGUUCACUCGUGAUGUAUAAGCUGUAUUAUUGCAAUUAAUUACACCUAUACCUGUCUAAGGGACUUAUAGGAGUAUAGACUAGUGUAGAGUUAUACUUUUAUACGAUUGUUGGUGUUAUAAUACUCUAACAACUAUCCUUUAGUCAGCCAUCUGACUAAGAGCAUUAUAGGAGGGUAGAGAUACGGCAACCGCUGUUUAACGGCCUACUUGUACGAUGUUAUAGAGCUAGCAUUUUAAUAGAACACACGUGGUCAUUUAUAAAGCCAAAGGCUGUUAUGUUUACUUGUUUUAGACUGUUAUACAGCUAGUAGCUGUAGUAGGACUUGUUUGUGAUAAUUAAAAUAACCUUUUUUACUAUCUGUACAAAAGUGUUUCAAUGGUUCGCAUGUACACUGUAGGCUGUUAAAAGGACUAUAUGUGUUGUCCAUUAACAUCAAUAGCAGUUUAUUUGUCCACAAGUACUACUCUUAUUUGCUUUAAGCUGAACACGAAUGUGAAUGUGAUAUUCUAUUACACAUUUCCCCAAGCCUGUUUUUAGUUGUUCAUGGUGGUUCUGUACAUGAUGCAGAGGAAAAUAUUAUGCCUGAACCUGAAAUUUCCCUUCAAAAUAUACCAGAUAUCAGAGUGUGAUGAUUGCAGUUCUUGUGAUAGUGAAUACCAUUUUGAUUUGGACAAUUAUUUAACCUUUCGCAAAAAAAAAUAAGAACAUGGGCUAUUGAAAAUCGUAUUCCUCAUUCCGCUUUGAAUAAAUUGUCAAGCAUAAUAAACGAAUUUAAACCGGGAACACUACCGUCUGAUGCUUUAGGUAUUCAUACUUGACUAUUAGUACCUGGGCUAGGCGAUUUAACGGACAUUAAUAAUUUUUAUUGCGGAUCUCUAAAAUUUCAGUAUUUUUGUAAGAAUUAAAGAUACACAAUUGACCUGAACUAGGUACAUCUUAAAGCUGUACAUAAGUUCACAUUAGAAUAAAUUUAUAGAAAUUAGCGCUGUAGUGGUACAAAUGUGGAACUUCAUAUAGAUAACAGCAUUCUAACAGAACACAUGUGAACCUAAUAUACGCUCACCGCAUUAAAUUGGAGUUAUAACAGUUCACAUAGCCGUAUUUCAUUUCCACCAUUUUGUUCUACAUAACCUAAAAUAUUUACCAAAUAAAUCUC